GCAACGGGGGGUGGAGUAAGCAAAAGAACUAGCAGGGUGGAACAAUAAGUCUCAACGGCGCGACAAGAGCCAAAAUGAGCGCAAGAUGUGUGUCAGUAAAUUAAAUUAUGUAACAAAAGAAGAGACAAAGAAAUUAUCAACAGCGUGAACUUUUGAGCGUUUUGCGCAUUUUUAGACAAAGGGGUUAAGAGCGUCUCCCAGAAUGUUCUCCAACAGCGCCUUGAUUCUUGUGCUGGUCAUGUUUUUCACGCAUGAAGCGAGAGCUGAGGGGUGCUCAGGUUCAUCCUGUGGCAAGUGUGACUGCAAUGGCAUCAAAGGGGAAAAGGGUGCACAGGGAUAUGCUGGUAUGCAGGGCAAGAUGGGCUUUCCUGGACUACAAGGAGGGGAGGGUGCAGUGGGGCCAAGGGGCCCAAAGGGAGAUUCUGGCCACCCAGGAGCACCAGGAUUGAAAGGAAGACAUGGCAGCACUGGUGUACCAGGUUUCCCAGGCAACCCAGGACUUCCAGGUAUUCCUGGCCAAGACGGGCCACCUGGAGUUCCAGGAAUCCCAGGGUGCAAUGGGACAAAGGGAGAACGCGGUUUUGAUGGUGUCCCAGCACAUCCUGGCCCACAAGGUCCACCUGGUAUCCCUGGCACACCAGGAAUGAAGGGUGAAGCUGGUGGGAUCAUUAGAGGGACAAUCCCAGAAAAAGGAGAGAAAGGAUUUGCUGGGCUACCAGGUCAGCUGGGACAACAAGGUUUUCCUGGAAUCGCAGGACCAAUUGGACCACCAGGACCACAGGGAUCUGAAGGACUUCCAGGGACUCCUGGCCUCCCAGGAGAGAUGGGUGACAAGCUGUCAUUUUUAGGUGAAAAGGGAGAAAAGGGGCUGCGAGGACCCAGGGGGGAGCCAGGACCCCCCGCACGCAUCUAUCAUGUGCAGGGUUCUCCUACUGAGUAUAUACUAGGACCCAAGGGAGACAAAGGUGAAGUUGGUGACAAAGGAGAGAAAGGAAAAUGUCCAAGUGAAAACAAAGGUGAACCUGGCUCUCCAGGACCAAGAGGUAAACCAGGGAAAGAUGGAGAGAAUGGUGCAAAAGGAUUGAGAGGCUUGCCUGGACUACCUGGAAUUGAUGGAUGGCUGGGUGAAAAGGGUGACAGGGGACCCCCUGGAUAUAUUGAUAGAGAACCUGGCCCUCCAGGCAGCCCUGGGUCCCCAGGUUUAAAAGGAGAACAAGGUGUCCCUGGACUUCUGGGAGAUCCUGGCCCUCCAGGGGUAAUUAUUGAGGGUCCACGAGGCACUGAAGGGCUCCCAGGAGAGUCUGGUGAGAAGGGAGACAAGGGUCCUGGUGGGGAAUCGCUGCCAGGACCAAGCGGAAAACAAGGGCCGUCAGGACCCCCUGGGCCACGUGGGCCUCCAGGUGAUGAAGAUUGCAAUAUUGACAUAGGAGCCGUGGGAGAUCAAGGACCUCCUGGCCUGUCUGGUGAAGUGGGACAGAAAGGUGAUAAAGGAGACACCUGUGUGCAGUGUGAAGAUUCUGGGAGUCCUGGAUCCCCAGGCCCUCAGGGACCAACUGGAGAGCAGGGUGCUCCUGGGCUUGAGGGAAGUAAAGGACCAAAAGGUGAGCUUGGACCUGUUGGCCCUCGUGGGAAUCCGGGUAUCGAUGGCUCUCCAGGACUGAUAGGUGCUCCAGGGGCUCAUGGUGAGCCAGGAGAUAUCUUCGUAGCACCAGGGCUAAAGGGCGAGAAGGGAGCCUCAGGUGCUGAUGGCACCAGAGGACUGCCAGGUCCAGAUGGAAUCCCUGGACCAGACGGGUUUCCUGGCAUUCCUGGAACCAAAGGAGACUCACCAAUUGUGGGUAUUAAGGGAGAUCGAGGUUUAGAUGGAGAUGCUGGUGCAAUUGGACUUCCAGGAGAAAGGGGUCCUCCUGGUAUUCCUGGCUUUGGACAUACUGGGGAGCCUGGUGAGAAGGGCAGUCCAGGGCCGGCAGGCCGUAAAGGAGUAGCAGGUGCUCCAGGACCUAAAGGUAUACCUGGAUAUGGCGUCACUUCACUUGGACCUCAGGGCCCACCUGGGCUGCUGGGAGAGGCAGGAAUCCCUGGACUGCUUGGUAUGCAAGGACAUCAGGGUGACCAUGGACUGCAAGGUGUCCCAGGGCAGAAGGGUGAUCACGGCUUACCUGGGACUGGGUUGCCUGGAAUUCCAGGGCCUAAAGGAUACUCAGGAAUACCAGGGGCUCCAGGUCUGCCAGGAGAGCCAGGACCUACAGGAUUGGGCGGUUCAGCUGGGUUUCCUGGUGAACCAGGGCAAAAGGGUGAACCAGGGCUGGGCCUGACAGGGCCCAGGGGUCCGCAAGGGUCUCAGGGAGUCCCAGGAUUUCCCGGAGAAAAAGGCAGUGUUGGGCAUUCCGGAGAUCCAGGACAUUUAGGCCAAAUAGGGCCACCUGGACCUCAAGGGAUUAAAGGUGACUCUGGUCCCAUUGGUCAGCACGGAAUUGCAGGUCCACCUGGCCCUGCUGGGAGAGGUGACCCUGGGCCUGCUGGAGCUACUGGCCCUCCUGGUUUACCUGGACCUCCUGGUAGCACUGGCGAGAAGGGGGAGAAGGGCUAUCCUGGUUUGCCUGGUUUAGACAUACCUGGGCCUGCAGGAGAGAAGGGCAUUCCGGGUUUUCCAGGACUCCUGGGGGCUAAAGGACUUCCGGGCAAAGAAGGUUCUGUGGGAAGAGACGGCUUUCCUGGAUUCCGAGGGCAUAAAGGAGAAAUGGGAUCAAUGGGGCCCCCUGGUCAGCCAGGGAAUCUGGGUCUCCCGGGAAGUCCAGGAGCUCUAGGACUUCAAGGUGACCCUGGACCUCUUGGGCCAAAAGGGGAAAUUGGCGAGAUGGGACCCAAAGGAGAAAGUGGAGAACGAGGUCUCCAGGGGCCUCCGGGGAACAUAAGUGCGACGGACAUUCAUCAAGUCAAGGGUGUGAAGGGUGACCCAGGGGACCCAGGUAACCAAGGAGAUACAGGGUUGCAGGGAAUCUCAGGUCAGCCUGGAAGUCCUGGCAUGCCUGGAAAGGAUGGAGAGCCGGGUUUGCCUGGGCAUUCGGGUGUGAAAGGUGACAUUGGCUUACCUGGAGAACAGGGGGAACUUGGCUUACGUGGACAAAAAGGCGCUGCUGGAAGUAUGGGCAUGCCAGGUACAACUGGUUCCCAAGGGGAAAAAGGAAUCACAGGAACACUUGGGCAUCCAGGAAUGCCUGGAACACCUGGGGAGAGAGGACAAAAGGGUGACACAGGUCUGCCAGGAAUUGGGGUGCUGGGACCCCAAGGAGAAAAGGGGCAUGUGGGCGAAACUGGUCCAUCUGGGGACCCAGGACACAAGGGCCAAAAGGGCAGCAUCGGCUUACCAGGAAUGCCUGGAGUACCAGGACCCAAGGGAGAUGUAGGGUUAGAGGGCACGCAAGGUAUUCCGGGAGAGCCAGGGGAGAAGGGAGUGAUUGGAUUACCGGGCUUACCUGGAGAGCCAGGAUUACAGGGGCAGCCAGGUAGGCUGGGUACACAGGGCACGGUAGGGACACAAGGGGAGAAGGGUCUGCCUGGGGAGGACGGCAUGCCAGGGUCUGUGGGCGAAAAGGGGAACUCAGGUGUACCUGGCAGAGGGUUUUCUGGUUCUGAAGGGCAACCUGGAAGCAAAGGUGACAAAGGCAGUGCAGGUGUACCUGGUUUCCCUGGCAUACCUGGUAUCCCAGGGAUCAAGGGGGAUAGAGGCCUGCCUGGAAACCAGGGUGAACCGGGACAAUCAGGUGAUCGAGGUCCUCUAGGAUCCCCUGAUUUCGGGCCCAAGGGUGAAACGGGAGCCCCAGGAGAGCCAGGAGAGCCAGGUGAAACUGGAGAUCCAGGCCUAAUGGGAAUUCCAGGAAUUGCCGGAUCCGAAGGAGAAAGGGGGGAUCCAGGCUUUCCAGGGCCUCCUGGACAGGUUGGGCAAAAGGGGGACAGAGGUCUACCUGGAUUACUGGGGCAAUCUGGCCUGCCUGGGUUUCCCGGACUGAAGGGGGAAUUGGGACAGCUGGGUUUCCCUGGAUUUCAAGGAAUGAAAGGUGAACCUGGUGUGGUGGGAUUCAAAGGAGAAGCAGGAGACAAGGGUUUACCUGGCGAGAAAGGUAGAGUUGGCCACCCUGGACCUCCUGGUCAACCAACUUUUACCAAAGGAGAGACUGGCUUUCCAGGGACUCAAGGACCACCAGGUCCGAGAGGACCUGAAGGAUUUCCUGGUAUUAAAGGCCUGCAAGGUGUGAUUGGACCAUUGGGCAUGCCAGGAGAAGAUGGAGAUGCUGGGUUUGAUGGCACAUCUGGAGCAAAGGGCGAACCUGGUCCAAGUGGACCUGCAGGCCCCAGAGGGUUCCCUGGUCCCGCAGGGCCUGAUGGCUUUCCUGGCUCGAUGGGGCCCCCAGGACUUCCCUCCAUGGAUCAUGGCUUCUUAUUGACACGACACAGCCAAACAGUGGACAUUCCCACUUGUCCAGGGGGCACCCAUUUCAUAUACAGUGGCUAUUCUCUCUUAUAUGUCCAGGGCAACGAGCGUUCACAUGGACAAGACCUAGGAACUGCAGGGAGUUGCAUGAAGAAGUUCAGCACUAUGCCUUUCCUAUUUUGUAACAUCAACAAUGUCUGCAACUUAGCAUCAAGGAACGAUUACUCCUACUGGCUGACUUCACCAAAGCCGAUGCCCAUGAGCAUGGAGCCCAUCACCGGGGACAACAUCGAGCCUUUCAUUAGCCGUUGCUCUGUGUGUGAAGCCCCUGCCAUGAUUAUGGCAUUCCAUAGCCAGUCCAUCAUGAUACCAGCCUGUCCGGUGGGGUGGGAAUCCCUCUGGAUUGGCUACUCAUUCGUAAUGCACACCAGUGCAGGGGCAGAAGGUUCUGGGCAGGCCUUGGCCUCCCCAGGAUCUUGUCUGGAAGACUUCCGCAGUGCCCCCUUCAUCGAGUGCCAUGGUCGUGGCACCUGCAACUAUUACGCCAACUCCUACAGUUUCUGGCUGGCUACUAUUGAGGACGACGACAUGUUUAGGAAACCUGCCCCGACGACCCUUAAAGCAGGAAAUCUCAUCACCCACAUUAGCAGAUGCCAGGUUUGCAUGAAGAGGACAUAAUGCAUCCAGUCCUCUGAUUGAAUUUUUUUUAUGAUGGUGCUGUUGUUUUUUUUUGUAGAUGAUGAAUGGAUUUAUUGUCUUUGGUGUUAUAACACAAUGGAUAUUGUUCAUAAUAAGAGCAGUUGAAGAGCAUUUGCUAUUUUUCUCUAAACUCUGUGUGCAUUACCAGAAUGUCUUAUUGAAUGUUGUUUGUUAAUUAUGCACUGAUUAUAUAUACAAAGUAAACAACUAAUAACUGUAUGUGAACCAGAUGUCAUGAAGCACAUUUCAUUAGGUGUUCCCUUAAAUGAUAAAUUUAUUUAAAAAUAAAACAACAUAUUUCUGUCAGAGGGUUUGUGGUGGUAAUGGAAGUUAUCUUUAAACUUAAAAUGCUUUUGAAAUGCACACAUAUCUACAUUAUGUGUGGGCACAAAUUAGUGGGAAUAGUUUAUUAGUGAAAAUAUGUUGAAACCACUACAUACAGUAUGACCUUUGGACAAUGCAACAUCACAACUCUCAAUGCAGUUGGAACAUUCAGGCCUUGGAAGUUAAGCAUUCAGUCCACCCAUCACCCCGCAAAUAGAAUAAUGACACUAGCAUGUCACAAAUGCACAUAUGCAGACCUGUGUGGGGUCAUUGCCGGUAACACAGUGAACAUGGCUAUCAGUGUAUAUAAAUGACUGGGGCCAACCACCAUGACCUGUAUGUGGGGAUACUACUAGGGGUUCAGGGACAUUUGGGACAGAAGGUAGGAGUCACUGAAAGGGAGCCACUAUUGAAUGGUGACUAUGACUGUUACACAUGGUCUGUUGUCUUGUCUUACAAAACUAACUCAUGACUUGUGGUAUUUGUUUUUUUUCGUACUGAAUGAUUUUAUUAGGAUUUUUAGAAAUGAAAUAAAUUACAUUCACAUAUUUCAGGUCUCUAUGAAGACUGAUUUUCUUGCUAUUCUGAAUGUAUAUAUUGUUAUAUUUUGAUCUUGUGGUAAAACCACACAUUAGUCAGGUAACGGACAGAUAACUGCAAUAUUAUUCUAUUUUUCAUGUGCCUGUAUGUACAGUACAGGGUAACUUGAUUUUCUGCCGUGGCUUAGCUCAUUUAAGAUUAUUAAUUAUGAAUCAUAAUUUAAUAACAAUAGAAUUAGCAUGAGUUCCAUACUACGUUUGCUUUAUGUUUUUGGUUAUUUUGCAAUUGGUUUCUAAAACAUCUGUAUAAAAAGGACUGUGGUUCAGUCAUCUAACCAAAACAUUAGUAUUACAAUAGUUUUCCAAAUGGUCCAAUAAUAAAGCUUUUUGUCCAAGUUACACAAAUUCAA